AUGGCGGAGUGGGAGAGGGAUCUAGCAGCGUGCAACAGACGCGAGGUGACGCCUCAGCAGCUGGUGGAGAAGAGGGAGAGGCCAAGAGAGCAGGAGCCUGCUCCGGAUAUUCUCAUGCCGCUGCUGCCAUUCCAAAAGGAGUGGCUUGCAUGGAGCCUCAAGCAGGCCACGGCUGGCAAUCCAGGUCCAUCCAGGGGAGGUGCAUCUGAACCGGAGAGGCGAGCAGUGAAGGCAACGCUCGUGAUCUGCCCGCUCAUCGCAGUGCUGCAGUGGCGGCAGGAGAUUGCUCGCUUCACUCGACCGGACAGUGUUAAGGUGGGUAGCGGGGCGGGGUUAAGUGGAGCCCUUCCUUUUCGUGAGUUUCCCUCGCUCGUACCUGACGUUCUAGCCCAAAGGAGGUGCAUGAUACAGAGGAGAGCAAUCAGCGUGAAGGAUUUAGAGGAGUAUGACGUGGUUCUAAUCACCUUCUCCGUUUUCCUUCCCCUAUCCCCUAUCACGGUCCGUUAUCAGGUACUGGUGUAUCACGGUCCCAGGCAAGCAAUCAGUGUAAAAGAUCUAGAGGAGUAUGACGUGGUUCUAACCACGUUCUCCGUUUUCCUUCCCCUAUCCCCUAUCACGGUCCGUUAUCAGGUGCUUGUGUAUCACGGUCCCAAGCGAGCAAUCAGCGUAAAAGAUUUAGAGGAGUAUGACGUGGUUCUGACCACCUUCUCCAUUGUAGAGGCCGAAAUGCGGGCAGCUGUGUUCCCCUCCAAGGUGCCCUGCCAGUGGUGCCAGAAAAUGUUUUUUCCUGACCGGCUGGAGAUCCACCAAAAGUAUUUCUGCGGGCCGAAUGCCAAGCGGACGGCCAAGCAGGCGAAGCAGCAGAAGAAGCUGCCGAGAAGCUUCAAGGGGGCAGGGCAAGGGGGGAAAGGGAAGGCGGGAAAAGACGGGAAGGGUGGGAAAGGUGGGAGCUUAUUGAAAGGGAAGAAGGCGAAGUGGAAGGAGGAAGGUGAGAGUGACAGUGACUACGAGGAAGAAGAGGAGGAGGAUGAGGACGAGGAGAGGGGCUGGAAGGGGAAAGGGAGAAAUUUGGGGCGAGGAAAAGGGAAGGGAAAAGGAAAGGUUGUGGAUGUUAAUGGUGCCGGUGGCAGCAGCAGUGGUGCUGGUGCAAGCACAGCCCGGCAAGCAAAUGCACCGACUCCCAGAGGGAACAAGAAGAAACCUUCAGGAAAGGCGUCACCAGCAUCUGUGCUGCACUUGGUGAGAUGGAGGAGAAUCAUCUUAGACGAAGCACACAGCAUCAAGGACCGGCGCUGCAACACCGCGCGGGCUGUCUUUGGCCUCUGCUCUGACUUCAAGUGGGCUCUCAGCGGCACGCCCCUGCAGAACCGCGUGGGGGAGCUGUACUCGCUCAUUCGGUUCCUGCAGAUCAAUCCUUACUCGUACUACUUCUGCCGACAUUGCGACUGCCAGUCGCUCGACCACAAGUUCUCUGCACACAAUCGCAAGUGCGACCAGUGCGGCCACUCGCCAUUGGUCCAUUUCUGCUGGUGGAACAAGUUCGUGGCGAACCCUAUAAUGAAGCAUGGGUACGGGGGCGAGGGCAGGAGGGCCAUGCUGCUGCUCAAGCACCGCGUGCUCGACCGUGUUCUCCUGCGCCGCACCAAGACUGAGCGGGCGGCAGAUCUCACUUUGCCACCCAGAACGUCCACGCUGCGGAGAGACAGAUUCGACGCGCGGGAGGAGGAUUUUUACGAGGCGCUCUACACCCAGAGCCAAUCACAAUUCGCCACAUACGUGGACACAGGAACCCUUCUCAACAACUACGCGCACAUAUUCGAUCUGCUCAUCCGCCUGCGCCAAGCAGUGGACCAUCCCUACCUCGUCGUGCACUCCGCCUCCCACAACACCGCUGCUGCUGCUGCCACCGCUGCUGCCGCUGCGACUGGCAGUGCAAGGGGGAAGGAGAGCGGGCCAGGGGGGGAUGGUGGUGGUGUGUCCAGAGGAGGGAAUGUGUGGGGCGGUGGGGAUGGGGUGAAGGAGAAGGUGAGAGAGGGGGGGCGGUUGGCAGGAGGGGUGGUGCGGGCGAGAGGGAGCAUUUUGAGUCGGCUGGAUUUGUCGCGGUUUCAAAGCAGCACCAAGAUUGAAGCACUGAGGGAGGAGCUGGAUAUGAUGGUGGCGAGGGAUCCAGGCGCCAAGGCACUCGUGUUCAGCCAGUUCACGUCCAUGCUCGACCUCAUUGCAUACCGCCUGCACCAGGUGGGAGUGCGGUGUGUGAAGCUGGAUGGAAGCAUGACAAUGGACGCUCGGGAUCGCAUCAUUUCCACUUUCACUCGCGACGCGGACUGUCGGGUGUUCCUCAUGAGUCUCAAGGCAGGAGGGGUGGCUCUCAACCUUACAGUUGCCUCCCAUGUCUUUCUGAUGGACCCUUGGUGGAACCCUGCAGUGGAGCAGCAAGCACAGGACAGGAUCCAUAGGCUCGGGCAGUUCAAGCCUGUCAGGGUGACUCGUUUCGUGAUAGCAGGCACUAUAGAGGAGCGCAUCAUAAAGCUGCAAGAGAAGAAGCAGCUGGUGUUUGACGGCACGGUGGGAGGAUCAUCAGAGGCAUUGGGGCGGCUGACAGAGGACGAUCUGCGCUUCCUCUUCACCAACUGA